AAAAAGUUGGCGCAUGAUAAACAAAGUUUGCGCACGCGUUUUCUGAAGGACAUUCGGAGCCGCGCAUUUCGACCCUGUCGUAUUCGUUAUUCUUGUCACUUAAAAAGUCACGAGAAGAGGGAUUGCAAGGAAGAAGAACAAUGUCUGGGUUUAACAGAUCCUUCCACCUUCUGAGACGCACGCUGAGCCCCGUGGUGACCCCCCGAGCGACCAUCACGGCGAAGCCCCCGAAGCACCACCUCUCCGUGGCUGACCAAACCAUUGCAAUGGUCAUCUUGUUUGCCUGUAUUCUGGUGCCGUCCGGGUGGGUGAUGGCGAACCUGGAGGAGUACAAGAAACGCUGAGAAGCCACUGAACCCCCCUCCCCAGGGGGUGAGCGACCUGGUUACCUGCAGGCAUCAUGAAGAAAGUCUCAAUAUGAAGAAAUGCACACUGACAACUCACUCUGAAUAAACUGACAAUGGAAAAAUA